CAUGUUYCAGGGAGAUGCAAACUGAGGCUGGAAGAAAACGGGAGGAGACAGAAAGAAAUACUGUGAUUUCCAUGUUUGAAAAGGAAUCAGGAAACCAACUGGACCCGUCAGCUACAACAGCCAUGCCUUCCAACAACUCCGGGGCGAUCCUGUCGGAGAGCAGCAGCGUGACCGCCACAGCAGCAGUGAAUGGAGACACGCCCCUUAUUGCCGAGGGCCUGUCAGAGAACGACAGCGGCGUUGAGUUGACCAAUGRCAACAGCCCGCUGACUGCAGCGAAGCCGCCCUCGCCCUUCUGCCCCAAACAGAGCGGGGGCGCCACUUCGCCGCAAGAGUUUUGCCUCUCGUGUGGAAAGACGAGAGCAGCAACCUUCCACCCGCUGUUUGAAGGAGGCUUGUGCCAAACGUGUAAGGAUGUGUACCUAGAGAUCUCCUACAUGUACGACGACGAUGGCUACCAGUCCUACUGCACGGUCUGCUGCGGAGGCCGAGAAGUCCUGCUCUGCGGAAACGCCAACUGCUGCAGGUGUUUCUGCGUGGACUGCCUGGACAUCCUGGUGGACCCUGGGGCGUCCAACAACGCCCGGUACCAGGACCCCUGGCGCUGCUACAUGUGCCAGCCGCUGCUGCAGUACGGCGUCCUGAAACGGCGCCACGACUGGAGCCUGAAGCUGCAGGAGUUCUUCGCCAACGAUAAAGGACAGGAGUUCGAAAAACCAAAGAUUUACCCAGCAGUCCCUGCUGAGCAGCGCAGACCAAUCAGAGUCCUCUCCCUGUUUGACGGCAUUGCUACUGGCUACCUGGUUCUGAGGGAUCUGGGCUUUAAAGUGGACCAGUACGUGGCGUCGGAGGUGUGUGAGGACUCGAUCUCGGUGGGCGUGGUCAGACAUGAAGGAAAGAUCCAGUACGUCCACGAUGUCAGGAACAUCUCCAGGAAAAACAUUCAGGAGUGGGGGCCGUUUGACCUGGUGAUCGGAGGAAGUCCCUGCAACGACCUGUCCAUCGUGAACCCGGCCAGAAAAGGCCUGUUUGGAGGAACAGGAAGGCUGUUUUUUGAGUUCUACCGCCUGCUGAGCGAGGCCAAGCCCAAAGAAGGAGAAGACCGUCCGUUCUUCUGGAUGUUCGAGAACGUGGUGGCCAUGGGCGUCAACGACAAGAGGGACAUCUCCCGCUUCCUGGAGUGCAACCCUGUGAUGAUCGACGCCAUCGAGGUCUCCGCCGCCCACCGCGCGCGCUACUUCUGGGGGAACCUGCCGGGGAUGAACAGGCCGCGCUGCGCCUCUGGGAUGGACAAGCUGGAGCUGCAGGAGUGUCUGGACCACGGACGGGUCGCGAAGUUUGGGAAGGUGCGAACCAUCACCACUCGCUCCAACUCCAUCAAACAGGGGAAGGACCAGCACUUCCCGGUGCUGAUGAACGGGAAGGAGGACGUGUUGUGGUGCACGGAGCUGGAGCGGAUCUUUGGAUUCCCGGUCCACUACACCGACGUGUCGAACAUGGGCCGCGGCGCCCGGCAGCGGCUGCUGGGCCGGUCCUGGAGCGUGCCGGUCAUCAGGCAUCUGUUCGCGCCGCUCAAAGAUUACUUCGCCUGCGAAUAACCGCAGAAACCCGGAGGCGUCUCGCUCYGUCGGACACCUUCGCACGGAGAGAGUCGCUCUGAUCCGAACCAGAGCUCCUGGAAGAUGAGAGCGGCUCUUACUGGAUGAUUGGAAAAAAGAAAAAGCUGAUCGGAUCAUCCGGAACCGGAGUUCUUUAAGCUCCCUGAAAACGGGUCCGUUUCCUGAGCCGCUCAGAAAAUAACCAACCAUAAGGCCGAUAAGAUCUAAACAAAUCCACUUCAUUCACAUUUUAAUUGGUAAAAACAAAACCGGCACUUUAAAAAAACUCGUUUAUUUUCCUCAUUUCCGUUUAUUUUGACCAAUAAACUGAAGUUUAUUUAUCAAACCUGAUCAAGCAGAGUUGCUUUGCUGCAAAAUCACAAAAUCUUACCAGGUAUUUUCAUCUAGUUUCUACUGCAAAUAUCUUAUUACACUAAAAAAAGACGACAAAACCAACUUUUCCAGAGAUCGUUUCAAAUUCAUUAACAUUGAUAGUUUUUUUUUAAGCUAAAUGCUGAUUAUUCAUCAAAAUCACCGACUUGAACCCUGAUGUUGGCAAAAAGUUACUUCAAAGUUAGUUUUCUCUUAUUUUAAGUGAAAUACAAUAUAUUUACAAAAGAAACUAAACAGAAAUACUUGGAAAAAAAC